AUGGAGCCGAACGCUUCAACACUGCAGCUGCAUCUGCCUGUCUUUGGUUCGAGAGUUCUUUCGUCACCGUAUACCCAUCCGUGUUUCCAAGAGCUCAUGUCGUUGGCGGCCGGACUUCACCUUCUUCGCCUUUUCUUGCUUGCAGGGUUCAUUGCAAGGUCCAGCAGCACAGACGAAUGUGCACAGCUGCAGUUGCCCGAUAUCCAGAAGGCCUCAAUUUGCGAGAGUCUGCAACUUCUUGACAAGGAGGGUAAAGAGAUUGGCUUGUCCCCACGCAGUCCCGCCAAGUUGAUCGACACGUUUGCCUUUGUCGACAAGUACGAGACCGAGGAGUUGCUCCUCCGGCUUUCUGAGAUGAGUCCUCUCGUCGACGAGUUCCACAUCGUGGAGGGAGAUCGGGACUCUCAGGGACGAAAGAAAGCGUACGGGCUCGAGUCGGUCCUCAGCUCGAAGAGCUUUGAUCCCUUCAGGGCUAAGAUCACCUCCCACAAGGCCGUCAUCCCAGAGGGCAUGAAUGGCUUUGACAUGCAACGUCUCCAGAAUACCAUCAUGAAUAAACAGAUGCAGGUGGACAACAGUUAUGACCCCGAAGAUGUUAUUCUGUAUGGGGAUUUGGACGAGAUCGUCGGUCAGGACGCCCUCCGGACCCUGAAACACUGCCGGCCUGCCGGUGGCAUGUGGAAUGCUCGAGUCAACAUGACAAGCUAUUGGUACGGGCUGGCCUGGAACAACGGUCACUGGAAGCCUUCCACCCCAGUCGUCUUCUUCCGGCAAGUCUUGGAGGGGAACCUCUUCUUCAAUAAAGACAAACCCCUGGUGGGGCCAGCGGCACUGCUUGACAUGUCGUCUGUCCACAAACCUCCAAACUUGCUCCGUGCCCGGGACCAACGUCCCAUCGGCUGGCAUGUGACUUGGAGCUUGGAUGGAGCCGCAGGCGUCGCUCACAAAAACUUCUUGUCGGCGGGAGGUGUUCGGCCAUGGUUCAGUCAGUUCCACGAUGAGGACUCGCUACGACACUUCGUGGAGACGGAGUUCUAUGCCGACCCCAGCAAGUAUCAGCACGACAUUCACAGGUCCCAGCUCCGCAAGAAGGAUGUCCCACAGGUACUGGUUGAGCAUCCCGAGCUCUUUCCCAACAUCUUGCGCGACUUUCAUUUCAUCGACAGUUGA